UACAGGUACUGGUACCGGAACUUGCCCACCACUACUGCUCCGCCUGGGCCACAACACAACACACCACACCUGCCAGGCUUGCGUCUGUCCCCUGACCCGUUCUGUCCCUUGUGCUGGACUUCCUGAGACCAUCCAACAUUUCAUGCUCCACUGCCCGUGUUUCCACUCCCAUCACACUGAACUGUUCUCUGCUCUCCGUCGUUAGCAUCAUAGCAUUUGACUUGUCCACUCUCCUGGCGACCACAAGUGUCCAGCCUUCACUUGCAACGUCUGUCCAUCAGAACCAUGUGGGUGUCACAGGUCCGCCUGGCAGUGGAUGCCUACCUCGUGUGUCUCCACCACGCCCUCACCACGGAGAAGGAGGAGGUGAUGGGUCUGCUGGUUGGGGAAUUCAGUGAGGGAAGAGAAGUGGUGUGUGACAUCCACUCAGCCGUGACACUCAGGAGGUCAGACAAGAGGAAGGACCGAGUAGAAAUAUCUCCAGAGAUGCUAAUUGAGGCACAACAGAGAGCAGAGCAAAUGUCAGCAUCAAGUGGAAAGGAACUACACAUUGUCGGCUGGUACCAUUCACACCCUCACAUCACCGUGUGGCCUUCUGAUAUUGAUCUGCAGACUCAGGCUGGCUACCAGCAGAUGGACAGUCACUUCAUAGGACUCAUCUUCUCUGUCUAUAAUGAAGACAAAAAGACCAAGAUUGGCAACCAUCAAGUGACGUGCUUCCAGGCCAGCAACCAGAGCCCUGAGGGAGAGCCGCCUCAGUAUGUGCGCCUCCCUGUGCCCAUUGAGAUCCUGUCCACCCCAAUCCUGGCCUCCAACAACCAGCAAGCCUUAGAUAAUCUUUGUUCAACGCUUCAUGAGGAACAGAGCGAGUUUUUGCAGCUGUCCCGUCAGCAAGCAGGAGAAGACCCCGUGACACACCUCCACAAUAUUGCAGUGAUGGUGCAGAGUGUGUGUAGGCUGAGCAGUCUGGUUCUGGGGCCAUUGGUGUCACGUGUGGAGGAGCAACUCAGUCAUGUCCUCACCACCACAAAAUACCUCAAGCAGGAGGAGGAACACUUGAAGGAAUUAUCCUCUGAAAACAAUGUUGCUCUUCCUGUCCUAUAGGAAGCCAAAGGUUGUUUUAGGGAUGCAUUCAAACACCAAAGUUCUUCAUGCCAAGGCUCGUUAGGAUGAACAGGUUUCCAUUUUAUUUGUAUUAUGAUGUUUUUUUUUACUGUGUUGUAAUGAUUUGUAAUUAUAGGGACACUGUUAAGUUUGACAAGUAUAGACAUGGUUUUAGAAGUCAAAUGUUCAGCAUCCAUAGGUUAAGCUGUGUAUGUUAGUCAUUUGCUACUUAUGAUGAUUAUUUCUUAAUCAUCUUGCUUAUGUUUAUAAACAGUUAUCUGACUUUCCUAUUCACUAAUGUCAUACAAGCCACUAAUGAGCCUUGGUAUUGAAGAGAUCAAUUCUUGCUCUAUUUUUGUAGAAUUUGUAGGCCUGUGGGAAGAUUCUCUUUGCUAAAGAUCGUCAAUAUUAAUUGACUUUUGCUUAACCCUUCUCGUCACAUCUUCCUGUACAGGGCAUGGCACACUUAGUUGUGUGAAGGGCUGUGACAGAUUUACAGUGUGUAGGGAUAGAUCAAACUGCUAGAGUGUAGGGAGUGCCUCACCACCGUGGUGUAUAAGCCAUCAGUUGGGAACACUUUCCCAUAUAGUAUGUAUUUUUUUUAUUAUUAUUUUUAAUCUUUUUAGUUUAUUUUCAUCUUUUCUCUUUCAUGAUGAGUAGCCUACAUAUCUUCAAGGAACACAGAGAUGAUUACCUCAAUUCUCAUGAGUUUUCCAAUGAACAAUACAAAAUCUUAUGUAAAAUGUCUCUAGAAUCAGCAACAUUUUAAAGUCCCAAUAACUUUCAGUAAAUACUGCUAAACAGUCAGAAAACCACAAUGUCUUUGUGAAAACUCCUGCACUUUGUCUUGUUUGCAGUACGUUUGUGUUGUAGUGUCCAUAAACACACGAGGAUAAUAUAUGCACAUAAAUAAGUAAUGAUUUUUUAAUGUAAAAUAAUAAUAUUUACAUUACAUCUGAGAAAUAUUUUGAUAUAUAGAAUAAAUAUAUGAAGUUUA